AUGGAUAGUAAAUCUCCCAUCACCUCGGUACGUUGGUUGGCUCGAGCAGCCAUGAACAGCGGCAAUGUCGAGGCGGCUGAGUCGGCUCGGGACCAACGGAAGAAGCUGUUGGAGGAGCAGCUUCAGCAACAGCAGAGCGGACGGGCGGAAGAGGACACCGACGAUGAUGCCGCUGAGGGCAUCGAGAAGGAGUUCAAUAUGGACGAUUGUGACGAUGAAGUUGAGACGGAUCGAUUUGCUAACCUGUUUGUGGAGCCGCACCAGGAUGCCCGACUGGCUAAGGAGAAGGAUCCCUACAUGACUGGUGACGAUGUUGGGAGGCGAGGCUGA